CCAACGACGAACUCCGAAUCAGCAACCACAACCCCCAGGACCUUCCCACCACACCAACUCUCGUCGAAAUGGGUGACGCCGAUAUCACAACAACCCAGUGGAGGCAGGUCGAGGUUGGCCGUGUCGUCCUCUUCAGCACCGGCCCGUACCAAGGACGGCUGGCCGCCAUUGUCGAGAUCAUCGAUCACAAGCGCGUGCUCGUCGACGGUCCCUCCGAGAAGGCUAACGUUCCCCGGCACUCCGCAUCCCUCGCCCACCUUUCCCUGACCCCCAUCGUCCUCAAGAAACUUCCCCGCGGUACCGGCCGAGGAGUCGUCCAGAAGAGGUGGCAAGAGGAAAAGGUGGAUGAGAAAUUCAACGAGAGCGCUUUCGCUAAGAAGCGCGCUCAGUUCGCGAAGCGGAGGCAGCUCAACGACUUUGAGAGGUUCAAGGUCAUGAAGCUGAGGAAGCAGGCGCGCUACGAGGUCCGCAAGACCCUCGCCAAGGUCUCCGCAAAGGCAUAGAGGGUGGCAAUGGGCUGGGGAGCGACGUGUGGUGAGCGAGGCCGGUGCCACCAACAGGCCGUGGAAGGUCAUUUUUGCAUUCACGAGCAUUUCCGGAUGGCUAUUCCUGUCAUUCAAAAUUCAAACCCAACUUCUCUGGAGAAUUCAAUGGUUGGCAUGGUGCAAUUCGGAUCGGAAGGUUAAGACGGCUCUUCACAUGCGCAUAAUUGUAGCAACAGAGCCCAAAUUCCAAACAGUUCAUGAAACCGCAAAUUGAUCCUCGCCCACCUAAUAGAU